AUGGGUUUUAUACUAUUCAUUUUCUUCCGCCGCAUUAUUCUAGGCCAAUUGAAGGCGGUGAAAUUGUUGGUUUCUCGCGGAGCGGACAUCAACGACCGUGACUGGACCUGGGGCCAAAAUUCACUGCACUGGGCAUCGGUCAAAGCGCACGUUUCCGUAAUGGAAUGGCUUAUCUCACUAGGAAUGGAUGUCAAUGCUCUGGACGAAGACAAAGGAGCUACUGCACUGCAUCUGGUGUCAUCGAAUGGCUCGCUGGAUGCGACACACCUACUACUAGAGCACGGUGCUUUAGCAUCAAUCGAGGACCAGGACAAGAACAAGCCCGAGGAUCAAACGGGAAAUGAAGCCAUCAAAGAAAUGUUGAAGAAGUCGCGCCAGCAGGCAUCCGCCAGGAAACUAAAGCGCUCAAAGAGAUUUAAGAGACUCCACAUCAAGGGACCCGAAAACUGGGACAAAGAUGAUGUUCUCGAGUGGCUCGAUUGCAUGGAAGCGACAGAUACUUUGGCGCAUGUCUUUAAGCCGUUGGAGGUCACUGGUUCGCAACUCAUUCGCGAGGCUAAGUCUCUGAUGGGAUCGGACCCUGAUCUUAUGGGUCAUAUGUUAAAGGGAUUGGAGGACGCAAAAUACCAACACCAAAUAGUGGCCGACGGACUGGCUGCCAACGCGGCUCUAACUACCAGGAAUUAUGUGACAAUCGCAUUUGGGGCAGUUGCGGCGAUACUUCUGAUUAGGCUGGUCUACAGACAACUAUUCGCGGCGCCAGAGGCUAAGAAGAAAAAGGCACAGUAAGGGGAUGGAUGAAAAUGUAAAGCUGGCCUCCAAUUAGUGAAGAGGAUAGCGAGGCUAUGUGGAGAAAUGCAAGUGAUAAAAAUAAGACUACAAUGUGAGGAGAUAAGGAAUGAUACAGUGCAGCACACGGGGCACCAUAUAGUACAACUCACAUUAUAUACUGACGGCUGUGUGUUGUGGAAAUAGACCUCAUAUACACUAUUUGAGCACCAUAACUGUGACAUAGCCGUACAUCGAGAGGAUUUAUGUAAGGGAAAGUAAUGUAAGGGUGGGUGGGGAAUCGGGUUAUACAACAGGAUGCGACGAAUAGCGAAACAAAAGUUCAAUAAAGUAUGUUUUAGCUACC